AUGGCACCGAGUCCGAGAACACCAAGGCAGGCAUCCUAUGGCCGCCAGCGCAGUCGGCCCAGCCUGGUAUCCACCGGCAGCACGACGCGACGCGCCAGGGAUAGUAGCAUCGUGGCCGCCACCGAGCCCCCUCCCAAGCGACGAAGAUACGUUCCUGGUGGCCCUGGAGGUGGUGGGAGAUUCGAGGAGCCAGCCGAUCCAGUUCCUGUUGCCACCACUACCGGUCGCUCCAGAGCCCGCCAAAGUCUACCCAGCAACGACAUGCCGACCCCCUCCUUCUUCCCUCCGACGCGCGAGCGCAGCACACGCAUUCGCACUGCAACGCGAGUCGAUGCAGAUGAUGAGAUGCCCAUCAGCUCUGCCGCAGCCGUGGCUGCCGCCGUCGUCCAGAGCGAAGGCUACAAACCCAGAGAAGAACGCGGCUGGGAAGAAUUCCACCCGAAUCUAGACAUAGACGCCACAUUCAUGCUCUUUCAUGCCGAAGAUGUCGAUGGCACUGCGAAGCCCAUGCCAGGAACCCCGUCAGGCAAAGCUAUCGGCGGAGAUGUACGCGAUGCUGGAAGCCCUUCGAAGGACCCAAACUCUGCCGUCCGCUCGGGCACGCCUAAUGCCCAAGCCAACAGCGCCAUGGCCACACCACUCGACCUCGUGUCAACGACGCCAACAAGAAGGCGGGCGAUGCGACAACCGCGAGACUCGCUAUACGCUACACGUGGAGACGCCAACCCGGCGCCCAAUACCCCAACGCCGUUGCCCAUCCAGGGCCAGAACAACAAGGAAAAGCUGGAUCUCAAACUGCCAUCAUACCGCAAGACCGACCGCAUAUUAUUGUUCGAGAGCAAAACGUUCGGCCAAGCGCGCUAUGUCGACAAGGCAAUGAUGAACGUGGGAUAUCAGGAGAGCGACAACUUCAUACGGCCUGAUCGACGCUUGAUCAAGGCCCACGAAGGCAACAUCGAUGAAGAACCAGACGUCGCCACCGCAGCCAGAAUCGACGGCGAUCCUGCCCCCCAACCGGCCAACAACCUCACUCGCGUUGAAUACGACAUGGACGAACAGGAUGAUAUGUGGUUAGAGUCGUACAAUGCACACCGCAAGGAGCAAGGUUGGAAUCCAGUGACGCGGGAGGUCUUCGAGAUCACGAUUACCAAGAUCGAGAAGGAAUGGCACGCCCUCGAGAAGAGAAUACCAAAGCCCAAUCCAAAACCACCGCAAACGCAUCGGCCCCGGUCUAGUUCCGCUGCGGCCGUUAAUGGCGAACCGCAGGCUGGAGAGGAGCAAGACAGCAAGUGCGCAAUUUGCGAUGACGGGGACUGCGAAAACACAAACGCAAUAGUUUUCUGCGAUGGUUGCGAUCUCGCGGUCCACCAGGAAUGCUAUGGUGUCCCCUUUAUUCCCGAGGGCCAAUGGUUGUGCCGGAAGUGCCAGCUUAUUGGCCGUGGCGUCCCGACCUGCAUAUUCUGCCCAAACUCGGAUGGUGCAUUCAAGCAGACCAACUCGUCCAAAUGGGCUCAUCUUCUCUGUGCCAUGUGGGUACCAGAGAUCACCCUCGGCAACCAUACCUUUAUGGAGCCGGUCAUGGACGUCGAAAAGGUGCCCAAGAGUCGCUGGAAGCUGACUUGCUACAUCUGUAACCAGCAAAUGGGUGCUUGCAUCCAAUGCGGUAACAAAGCAUGCUACCAGGCAUUCCAUGUGACUUGCGCUCGUCGUGCUCGUCUGUUCUUGAGAAUGAAGAACAGCUCAGGGGCAUUGGACGUCCUCGACACCAACACAAACCUGAAGGCCUUGUGCGACAAACAUUGUCCCCCUGAAUACGCCAAAGAGAACGACGUAGUACGAGCUACCAAGAGGGCUAAGAAGUACUACAAGAAGACAAUGGGCGAACGUAUCUGGGCUAACAGCCAGGCGUCUGCCAUGGCAAUCGCAGCAUCACAUCGCCACGCUAUGGUCGAGCACCCAUCGGACGAAUCGCAGAUGACUGGAGCCAAGCUCUCAGCAGUCCUCGGGGACAAGAAGGGACAAACAGCAAAAUCAAUAUGGAAGUUGCCGUCAGGUGCUCCCGUCAUCCCCCAGGCAGUCUUUGAAAUUGUAGAGGCAUCAUCGCAACGCUUCAACUUUCUCAAGCGGAAGGAGUUUAUUAGUGAUGCCUGUCGUUACUGGACCCUCAAGCGCGAGAUGCGACGCGGCGCAGCUCUGUUGAAACGCUUGCAACUGCAAAUGGAGAGUUUCUCCUCUAUGGAGCUUACGCGAAGGGACUUCGCAGCCAUGGGCCCUGGUGGCAAGGCACGGCUGUCGAGGAGGAUCGAGUUCGCCAAAACUCUCCUGACAGAUCUCGAGCAACUAAAAGUCAUGUCCCAAGGGAUAGUAGAGCGCGAACGGCUCAAGCUGGAAGCAGCCGAGAUGGAGCAGGAAUUUGUUGACACCUGCUAUUUCCCCAUUCACAAGUUGCUUCCGCCAAUCAUCGAGAAAGCGAUCAUGCUGGACAAGGGUCUUUUCCAUGAUGGUCUCAUCAAGUUGCAAACCAGGAUCGAUGAGCGAUUCUAUACUACGACCCCCUCGUUCGCUCAUGAUCUAUGCGAAAUCAUCAACAUCGGCAUAAAUACGGAGCCCGAAGCCGAGCCCGAACCACAGGCAACACUUGAACUCGUCGCGCCUACACCGUCCAAGAACGACUUCUCUGAUUACCGAGAUCGUAAGAAACUUGGCAAGAGAAUCUUAAAAUCUGUUCAGCCUCAGCUCGAGACGGCGUUACACCUAGAGGCCGAGGCGAGUCACAGGCCUUUUGACACUUUCAAACAAGAGCUAGAAGGCAUGAUCGAAACAAGUCUUGAAUAUCGCCCCAAGACAGCCUCCCAAGCAAAUGGCGAAGCUGAGCCAAGCCAAGACGUGAUCAUGGUUGACUCUUCAGCUGCAGAAAUAACUGUUGGUGGCCCGGCAGAAGGCGCUGCCACAGUUGAGAACGACGCCCAAGGCGACAUUACGAUGACUGAUGCUGACAGCCAGAAUGCUCGUGCGGAUGGCAACAUUGAGGUUGAUACAUCCAGCUUGGAAGCAGAUGUCAGUGCUAAAGUCGAAGAUGCACCGUUAGCCUUGGACCCUGUCCGCAAUUCGGAAACAGAACCAUCAGGAACGAAGCCAGAGUUACCAUCUGUCAAUGGGGUGCAGUCGCUGGAUACACCUCCAGCGACUAACGGCUACGUUGCUGCGCCAUCUGCUUCACACCAUGGACCUCCUACCCCUCCUCAGUCCAAUGGGAGUCUGGGACGACAGCCAACAGACACCCUCACAGAGGGUGGUUAUCCGUGGUACUUGCAGGAGUUCGAACCCCAAGGGACUUCUGCAGUGCUACAGCAGUGGAAGGGCCGUGAUGCCGUUCGCAGCCUUAGCGAGGAGCUCACGGAAAUCGACGAAGAUGAGAUCAAAGGACUUGGCGUUGAGCUCGACAACGAAGACAGCAUCACAGCAUCGCCUGCUGCCUCGGCCACGGCUGUAGGAGGGGCGAACACCAGCCCUACGAAGAAGCCCGCGAAGGCGAAGAAGCGUAAAGCGCCUUUUCGGAGACGGUGA